CCUCGAUACGCUUGACCACCACCAAUCGGACCUCAGGCACACUCUCUUGGUUGACAUCCAUCCCCUGGUCACCGCAGUUGGGCGGACAACUUGACGGCCUUCUUUGCGGCACCGAUCUUUUCUUACCCUCCCUCCCUCCUCCUCCUUUUUGAACUCGCGCGGGACCACCCCUCCUCCCUCUUCUCUUCCGGGCCGCCGGCCAUUGUUGGAAUAAAUAUCUCGAGCGUCCCCCAGCACUUCGCUCGCAACAUUCACUUUCAUCAUGGAGCAGACACCGCCGCCAUCACUGACAAGGUCGCCAUCAUCCCCUGCCAACACGUACUGCUCCUCGGAGAGGUCCUCGCUUGGCUACCCGUCGCCGGGCCUCGUGGAACAGCAAUACAAGAUCUCGUCCAUGUAUGGGGACCAGUCUUGCGUGACGCCACCCAUGGACCCAGAGCUGUCUCUUCCGCCGCUCGACUCGAUGGGCCACCCGGACUGGAACAACCCGACUGUGAUCCAUCCCAUGUCGUCUGCGUCCGGCAUGCCCAGCAUCCUGUCGGCCGACUACGAGACGUUUAGCCACUACCCGUACAACCAGGAGGUCUACCAGGCGCACCCGACGAGCCAGCCGCCCUCGGUCCACGCCUCGACCCCUCCGCCUACCGGGUCGGCCCCGCGGUCUCCUGCGGGGCCGAUGAGGACGCCGUACACACCGGCCACCUCCGUCCCCGUCCCCGCCCCCGCCCCCAUGACCCCGAGAGUGAACAUGGAGAGCGGUUCGGGCACUUCGGACUACAACAGCCAGAGCACCGAGGCGUCGCACUACCCUUCGCCGAGAUCCAUCCACACCCCGUACGCGUCCGACAGCGGGACAUACACCAGUAGCACCUCAACCGCCGGUUACCUGUCCGACAGCGGGUCGACAUGGCACAAGCCCGAGUACCACCAGCAGCCCAUGGAGCCCGAGCACUUCUACCCGGGCCCGCCACCGCCGCCGCCGUCCGCCUUCUUGCACGACCCCAGGAGGCAGUUCCGGGUGGCGCGGCCUAAGCGGGCCCCGCGCCGCCUGACCACCAAGGAGGAGGCCAACUUCCAGUGCCAGGUCAAGGGGUGCGGCAAGCUGUUCAGCCGCAGCUACAACUUCAAGGCCCACAUGGAGACCCACGACGAGAAGCGCGAGUACCCCUUCCCGUGCCAGGUCCCCGAGUGCACGAAGAAGUUUGUGCGCAAGACGGACCUCCAGCGCCACCACCAGAGCGUGCACCUCCGGGAGCGCACCCACAAGUGCGACUACUGCUCUCGCAUGUUUGCGCGCAAGGAUACUCUGAGGAGGCACAUGGAAGAUGGCUGCUCCAAGAGGUUCGACAUCGGCACCAUGGACGUCCGCGCCGACACCGCCUACGACAGCAUGCACCACGGCGUCCGCCCCCCCAUGGGCCCCUUGAGCCACAUGAUGCCUCCUCAGGGAGGCCUGCCGCCCAUUGGCAUCCCUCCCCUCUGCGGCCCCAGCCUUCUGAGCUCCAUGCCCCCCUCGAUGCGGCCCCGGGAACCCAUCGCCGGGGGUGACCACUCUCAGGGGCACAACUGGGGGAGAUGAUUGGGAUAUAUCUAUAUACGUAUCUAUUCUUUUCUUUCCCUUUUUUUUGUUUUUUUUUUUUAAAGGUCUUCCACAUUCUCUGGGUAGAUACC